AUGACCGGUUCCUUUCGGUUUUGUGCUCCUCUUUCGACUAGAUCGGGCAAUGUACUUGGCCUAUUCCCGACGCUUUCGCACAUUGGUCGAUCACCAAACGGGGUCCGAUUGAGCCCAUUAUUCUCGCCGAUCUUACUCCCUUUCCUGAACAUACUCCAAAUCGUGUUUUGUUUGACUUUACCCCCCAUCAGUGGUACCCGGAACGAUCAUCAACCAGCCCACAAGAAUCAGCUUAUGAAGGCGAACGAUCUAUUGGAACAGAACAAGUUGAUCAUCCUGAAAUUCAUCCUGAACAUCAACUCCGUCACUCCUGUCUUGAAGAUGGCUCCCUCGGCAAUACAAUCCACCCAAACUAUCUACUUUGGGGAUUAUGAGUCCCACGCUCCCCUCAGCUUCCCACGUGGCCGGCACUUAGCUGCCAAACCUCCUGCUUCCGUCCCAACGCCCGAAAAACCAAUCAAAGCUGUUUGGUGA